CGUUGGUGACGGACGGGCUGGCCGUGUGCCGCAGGACCACGUAGAUGACCAGCGAGUUGCCCAGCAGGCCCACCACGCACACCACCAGGAGCUGGAAUCCUGUGCAUAAUCUAGUUCAUCCCCGGGAAGGAGGGACUUUUCCUCCCGUCUGGUUUAUCUUUGGCACAUGCUUGCCUGAAAGCUGGGGGCGGACUCCUCGGAGGACUGUUCCAGCAGGGACAGAGCACAGAGAAGAGUCAGGCAGCAGCAAUCUGACUGGAGCGCAGGAGCCGUGCUCGUGCAGUGAUGAGCACCUCCGCAGGGCAGCUGGCUCUUUGGUCAAGGACACCCAGAUGUCAGCAUCUGUGAGACUUCUCUCUGGGAUGACCAGACCCUCAAAUUCCCUGUCUGGCACAAGAGAGCAUGCUCAGGGGUGCAAGCACAUUGCAGUCCCUCCUUCUGAUGCACAGCCCAGUGGCCUCAGCAACUCACAUGCCCAAGCCCCGCAGCAGGGCAGUGGGGAAAGACAUUCCUUCCCAUGGAUGGGAAGGAGCAUAAUCAAAUCUACAGCAUCUCCAGAAAUCAUUCUGCUGCCUCACCCACUCUGCUCCACAGCUGGUGUCCCUGGGUCCGGAGCAUUCUGGCUGAAUUCUCCCUGCCUGGGCCUCCUGCCUCACGAUCAGUGGUGUCCAGGUGCCCCGGUUCGGAGCCUCUCCGGGAUUCUGCAAGGCCAGCUGGUUCACGUCGUGUCCAUCUCCAAAACCCACCUCCCCUGCCCUGCCACGUAA